CGUUCGGGGAAGUUGUGCGUGGUUACAGAAGGCGUCAAAUAAAUACUUUUGUAGUAUUUAUAAACGGACUUAUCGAGAAAGGAACUGCAUGCAAUGUUAUAGGUUCUUGAUCCAGCCAGUGUUGAGAAGCAUUUCGCAGUGCGUCCCACCCAUCCGACAGAGGCAGAGGCCUAACCCCGUCCACUUCCACGUCCGGCUGAGACUGCAGUGGUGUGCCAGUAUGCAGGAGGGGGGCUCAAAGGUCACGGCCAAAAACGGAGGAGAGGGUAAGGCGGCAAGCAAGCGCAAAGGAGAACCUGUGGAGGCGGGUGGCAAUAAGCAGCCGAAAGUGGUGCCGCCGAAGGAAGGGAAGAAGAAGAGAGAGCAGGGCUGGCUGGAGUCUGAGGUCGCAGAGGCCCGGAGAGGAGCACAGGGUGUGAAGUUUAAUGAGAGACGCCUCCGCCAUUUAUCAGAGGCCCAGAAGGUUAAGCAAGGGACGCAGGGAGUACUCUACUGGAUGUCCAGGGACCAGAGGGUGCAAGAUAACUGGGCACUGAUCUAUGCCCAGCAGGUCGCUGUCACGGAGGAGCUACCAUUGCACGUGUGUUUCUGUUUGCAGCCACAGAGCCCUGAUGCCACUCUCCGCGAGUACGGCUUCAUACUGAAAGGACUGGAGGAGAUAGCCAAGGAGUGUAAUGUCUUAGGGAUAGAGUUCCACCUGCUGUUGGGCACCGCUGGGGAGGUACUGCCAGGCUUUGUCCGGGACUGGAGCCUGGGGGCUGUGGUGACAGACUUCUCCCCCCUCAGGAUCCCCCUGAAGUGGGUAGAAGAUGUCAAGAAGGGGCUCCCUUCUGAUGUUCCCUUUAUACAGGUGGAUGCCCAUAAUAUCGUGCCCUGCUGGGUGGCCUCAGAUAAGCAGGAAUAUUCUGCCAGGACUAUCCGGGGCAAGAUCACCAAGCUGCUGCCAGAGUUCCUCACACAGUUCCCCCUAGUGGACAAACACCCACACUGCGCCUCUAAGCCUGCAAAGCCGGUGGAUUGGGCCCACACUCUGUCGACUGUGGAAGUGGACCGCAGCGUUGGGGCGGUGGAGUGGGCUCGUCCCGGGACGGCGGCUGGGAUGGCGAUGUUGGAGUCUUUCGUUGACGCGCGUCUGCGGGACUACGCCUCCGAACGAAACAACCCCAACUCCGACGCCCUCAGCCAGCUCUCACCCUGGAUCCACUUUGGCCACAUCUCGGCGCAGCGUGCGGUCCUGCAGGUCCAGCGGGACGGGCCGAACCGGGCCCAGUCAGUGCCGGCCUUCGUGGAGGAGCUGGUGGUGCGCCGGGAGCUGGCCGACAACUUCUGCUUCUACAACAAGAACUACGAUAAAGUUGAGGGUGCUUCAGAUUGGGCACAGAAAACACUUAAGGAUCACGCCAAAGACCCCCGGCAGUACGUUUACUCCAGAGAGCAGCUGGAGAAAGCCAAAACCCACGACAAACUCUGGAAUGCUGCCCAGUACCAGAUGGUGACGGAGGGGAAGAUGCACGGGUUCCUACGCAUGUACUGGGCCAAGAAGAUCCUGGAGUGGACCUCAUCCCCAGAGGAGGCCCUGGCCAUUGCAAUCUACCUAAACGACCGCUACGAGCUGGACGGGCGUGAUCCCAACGGAUUUGUGGGUUGCAUGUGGUCCAUCUGUGGGAUCCACGACCAGGGCUGGCAGGAGAGGCCCGUCUUCGGGAAGAUACGCUACAUGAACUACGCUGGCUGCACCCGCAAGUUCAAUGUUCAGCAGUUCGAAAAGCAGUACUGCCCCAAGUGAUGGCACCAGGUCUAGCGUUUGGGACAGAGGCAAUUGAGAGU